UUCUUUUCUUUCCUUCCACGACAAAAGUUUGACUGUUAAAAAAAAAGAAGAAGAAGAAAUGAUGCUCUGCCGCGCUCCCGUUUUUUCAUGCAAUGCUGUGGAUUCCGGCGUCAGCGUGAGUGACCAGUCAUCACUUGAGAAAUAGCUGCGAUUCUUUCGCUCUUAAUUUUCGGUGGCAAUCGCAACACACGGAGGGCUUUUGAUUCUCGCGCAUCAUCAGCAUCGCUCGCCCGGGAUUUGCAUCCAUUUAAAUUGAUGUCGCACUCCGUAAUGGACUUCCUCGGACUGUACUUCUUACAGCUGGCUCUGAUCGGAGUCCCCCGCAUGGCUCUCUCCGCAGGCGGGAGGGACUGCAUGCGCGCGGGAGACACCUGCUCCAGCGACGACACCUGCAGCCCGCGACUGCGCACCCUCAGGCAGUGUGUGGCGGGGGACGGCAGCGUGAAGCUGGGGCCCGGGGCGCGGACCCAGUGCGAGAACGCCAUGACGGCGCUGCUGUCCACCCCUCUGCACGGCUGCCAGUGUAAACGAGGCAUGAAGAAGGAGAAGAACUGCCUGAGCAUCUACUGGAGCCUGCAUCAGUCCGUGCUGCACGGACUCAGUCUGGUGGAGGACUUCCCCUACGAGCCGGAGGAGAGGGGCUCUGACUACGUGCGUCUGGCCUCCAUUGCUGCAGAGUCCGAAGUGACGACGGUGAACCGCUGCCUGGACGCCGCCAAGGCGUGCAACAUCGACGAGACGUGUCAGAAGCUGCGUACGGAAUACGUGUCGUCUUGCAUCCAGCCGUCCGCCCGCUCCAGCCCGUGCAACCGGGCCAAGUGCAACAAGGCGCUGAGGAAGUUCUUCGACCGCGUCCCGCCCGACUACACCAACGAGCUGCUGUUCUGCCCCUGCACCGACACGGCCUGCGCCGAGCGCCGCCGCCAGACCAUCGUGCCGUCCUGCUCCUACGAGGAGAAGGAGAAGCCCAACUGCCUGGCCCAGCUGCGGAUCUGCAAAGCGGACUAUGUUUGCAGGUCUCGCUGGGCACAGUUCCAGUACGAUUGCCAACCUUUCGAGCACAGCGCCAGCGGCUGCAAGCAGGAGAACUACGGAGCGUGUCUGCUCGCGUACACCGGCCUGAUUGGAAGCACGAUAAAUCCCAACUACCUCGAUAACUCCACAUCCAACGUGGGACCCUGGUGCUCCUGCGCGGCGAGCGGCAACCACAGGGAGCAAUGCACGGACAUCCUGACUUCCUUCCACGACAACGCCUGCUUGAAAAACGCCAUCGUGGCCUUUGGGAACGGAUCGGAUGAGAAAAGGGGCGCCGGCCAACCCGGCGUGCCCAGUCCGACGGCCGACAACCAGAGCCCGCGCUUGGCGACCACCGCCCCGGGCGUCUCCAUGGAAACAGAGCAGAGCAUUCUGAGAGCACAGAUACCGACUCAGGUGAACGAGAACGAUAGAUUGUGGGGCGACAAGGGAGACGCCACCCUCCCCUCUCCGGGCCUGUCCGACGGCGGGGCCGAGCCCGCCCGCCUGUCCCUGGCGCUGGGCCUCGGUUGGCUGCUCCUGCUGCUGCUCGCCGACCAAUGAGAGGCCUCCGCUCAACCGGGCCUCCGUGGACCAAACUCCAACACCUGGUUGGGGGUGGGAGGGAGA